UGAACUCUACUGCACAAAAGUUGACAAUUGUGGUUGGAAAAAAUAUGGCUGUAUAUGUAUAUAAAAUAACCAAUGACCCUUUGUUUGAAGCUUGAACUUCAAUUUAUGAAAGAAGUAAACCACAAGAAGUAUACGUGAAACUUGAAAAGCCAGAAAGGGUGCGAAUUAAGGAUGUGCCAAUGUGUUCAAGUGUUUUGAUUUUGAUGGUAUGGUGUGAGAAGGGGUGAAAAGCCGUGCUUCAAAAGGCCCAUCCGUAAGUUGUGAAAACAGGGUUAGUACACCGAAGUGGCGAUAUCAGUUGCAGUGGCCCGUGAAUGUAUUGGCCACGGUACGGGUGGUCGGGCUCGCUCUAAUGGUUGGCCAUCAACCUCUUGGAGAUUCAGCAAUGCCUUAGAGAUGUCCAGUGCUGCGGUGGUCAAUUCUGUGAAAAUGCCGAUGUCCCGAACACAAUUGUUCCCCGUAUCUUCUCAUUCAUAUAUUCAGGAAGGCGGCGGCGGAAGCUUGCCACCCCUAAACAAGGGUUCACUCAAAGAACAGAGCCCUCCCGCAGCCUCGACGGCUUCUUCAGCUAAUUCGGCAGGUCUUCCUGAACUCUCAGUAGGUGGUUCUUGUGCUUUACAGUGUAUGCAAUCGCACAUGACUAGAGGAUCACCUUUAACUCAAGUCAAGACUUCUACACUUCCAAUUUCAUUUACGGAAUGCAAACCCAAGACCAUGGUAGCGACACCUGAACAAGUGAUGAAAUUAUACAUGAAUAAGCUCACUCCUUUUGAACAUCACGAAAUAUUCAAUUACCCCCAAAUAUAUUUCAUAGGUGCCAAUGCGAAAAAAAGACCUGGUGUUGUCGGCAACCCAAAUAACAAUGAUUAUGAUAAUGAUCAGGGCUCAUAUAUUCACAUUCCACAUGAUCACGUAGCUUACAGGUAUGAGGUUCUGAAAGUUAUAGGAAAGGGAUCUUUUGGGCAAGUGGUUAAGGCCUAUGAUCACAAAAAUCAUAUGCAUGUGGCCCUCAAAAUGGUUCGCAAUGAAAAGAGAUUUCAUCGACAAGCUCAGGAAGAAGUUCGAAUUUUGGAACAUUUGAGGAAACAGGAUAAGGAAAACACUAUGAAUAUUAUUCACAUGUUAGACUCAUUCACUUUUAGAAAUCACAUGUGCAUUACUUUUGAAUUACUUUCGAUAAACCUAUAUGAACUCAUAAAGAAGAAUAAGUUUCAAGGUUUCAGUUUGCAGCUUGUUCGAAAAUUCAGUCAUUCAUUGCUGCAGUGCUUAGAUGCUCUUAAUAGGAAUAAAAUUAUUCAUUGUGAUAUGAAACCUGAGAAUGUACUACUCAAACAACAGGGGAGAAGCGGGCUGAAGGUGAUAGAUUUUGGUUCUUCAUGCUACGAGCAAAAUCGUGUCUACACUUAUAUACAAUCCAGGUUUUACAGAGCCCCUGAAGUGAUUUUAGGAGCUCGUUAUGGCAUGCCAAUCGACAUGUGGUCUUUGGGUUGUAUUUUAGCAGAACUUCUGACUGGAUUUCCCCUUUUACCAGGCGAAGACGAAGCUGAUCAAUUAGCGUGUAUUAUGGAGCUGCUAGGACUUCCUCCACAACGAUUACUGGACCAAUCUAAACGAGCAAAAAAUUUCAUCAGUUCGAAAGGUAUUCCCCGUUACUGCACCUGUUCAACAUUGCCAGAUGGAACGGUGGUCUUGAGUGGAGGUUUAAGUAGAAGGGGUAAGCCUCGCGGUCCACCAGGUUCUAAGGAUUUGAAACGGGCUCUGAAAGGUUGUGACGAUCCCCUGUUUCUUGAUUUCAUACAACGAUGCUUGGAGUGGGAUCCAGAUGCCAGAAUGACACCCAGUUCGGCCUUGCGACAUGGAUGGCUGAGAAGACGAUUACCUAGACCGCCUAAUGAAAAGGAGCAGAGUAGUGCCGGUGUAGCCAGGUCUACGCCUACAGGUCCUCGUACUCCCAAGUCUAGUGGUGGUAGCACCACCAGCACACUAUUUUCAAAUAAUCGUGUUCAACUUAGCGACGAUAGAUCUUCAACUCUUCAUUCAGGAAAAUUGCCCCCUGUCACGUAGCCAAACGUAAUGCUUCCAUAGUGCCCUCAAUCAGGUUAGAAUUACAUUUAGGAUCAUAUUUAAGUGUGUACAUACAUAUACUCAAUAUACUAGCCGGCAUGUUUUGAACAAGGUUUUGAUAUUUAUAGAUUUUUCUAUAAAUGCUAGCUGAGAGAAUGUGAGGUUUGACAUAUCUUCAAAAGAUAUAUUUAAAAUUAAGUAGGUGCUCUU